AUAAGGCUUCGCGUACCUCCUCACGACAGCACAUCAGCAGAAAACACAAAACAGCAAACCCUCCUGCAGCACCGCUUUUCCCCAUCCCAUUCGCAUCGAUCUAGUCGUGCUGCGCCACGGUCGGCCGGCCGGCCGCGCGGCCCUCAGCUCAACUCCUCUGCUGGUGGACAGGCCUCUUGGUCUGUGCCCCCAUCCUCGAUGUCCAGCAACAAGGUAGCUGAUCGAUGGUGCUUGUCAGAGCGGCAAGGCCAUCAUCUGCAAUCCAAUAGUGCAAUUGAUCUUGAACUUGAUGGUGGGAUUGCAAGUCUUCAUCCAUAAAUAGGACUCACAAAAGUUAAUACUCGAGCCAAAUGGAGUCACCAAAUGAAGUUGUUCCUUGUUAGACUCCUAAAAGAUCACGAUGUGCCUGGUUUUCGGACACAUAAUGCUUGGAGUAAGGAGGCAUGGAGAAAUAUUGUUUCUCGACUAAAUCAAAAGUUUGAUCAAUCAUUUACUCUCAACCAAGUCAAACAAAAGGAGCAAGAUCUGAAGAGAGACUAUCGAAGUCUUCAAGAAUUGUUGGAUCAAAGUGGCUUUGGAUGGGAUAAGGACAGAAAAAUGGUUGACGCACCAGAUAGUGUUUGGGCAAGCUUUGCUGCUCGGAAGAACAGCAAGGAUGUUCUACAAUGGAAAGAAAGGUCAUUUCCCCUUUAUGAAGAAUUAGAUCCACUCUAUGAAGGUCGCUAUGCUGAAGGGAGAACUCGUCAAGGCUUGGACCAUUAUACUAGGAAGAGGAAGCAUGCACCGGUUCCUUCAUCACAGUCAACACAAGUGACUAGUCUGUAUCAAUCACCAUCACCUACCAUGCCAGCUGCCAAUGAGUCAGAUAUGCGGUUUACUUUAGAUGAAAAACUUGAGGAGUUCAAUGUGGAUUCUCCCCCACUCCUAUCUACACCAAUUCAGCAUGUGCAAGCCCCACCAAGAUCUACACAAAUGGAGAAACAUGACACUAGGCGUGGGAAAAAACAAAAACGUGGUGCUAAUGACGACUUCCAUGAGAAGUAUCUAAAACUAAAGAAGGAAAAAAUUGAUCGAUUUGCUGCAAUUGAGGAGAAGAAGCUAGAGGACCCCUACUCCAUCAACAAGUGCAUCACAUCAAUUGAAGGGUUGGAAGGUCUACAACUAGGAGAUAUGUUGAUGGCAUCAGAUAUCUUCAAAUGCAAGGAGAACAGGGAAAUUUUCUUGUCAUACUCUACUAAUGAACUACGACUGGCUUGGCUUAAAAGAGAGAUUGUGCGUGCCCAAACAACCCAUCAAAAUUAGCCAUUGUGGUGAUCCACUGAGAUCAUAGCUUCUAUUUUAGGGAAGAUUUGGUCUGUAGGUGUCAUAUAUUUAUGUUUAGUUGAAUUGGUCAUAGAACUGACCAUGAUGGUUUAGUAUAUUUUGGUAGUUAUGUUGAGUGGCUUCUGGUUAGGCAUGCAUGAAAAUUUGUAGUACUAUUGCAAAUUUGAAGUCCAAGAAUGGUAUUACAACUUGCAUGUGAUAUUCCAACUACAA